UCCGCCGUCUUCGCGCUGUCGCGCGCGAUUUCCGGAGGAAAACCGCCAUGAUGGAUGAAGUCCGGAAGAUCACGGAGAGGGAUGAAUACAAUGGCAGGUCGUUGUGUGUCAAGAUAGAUUGUAAAACGAGAUGGUACUCCACACUGGAAGUGAUCGAGCGUGCCUUCGAGAUUCUGCCAGCAAUCAACAACGUCCUAUCCCGCUACGGAACGCCCCUGAGCCCGAGUGAAGCUGUGGCUUUGGAAAGGAUCAGGAACAUCUUGUCACCAUUCAAACGAGCCAUUCUAGCCUUGUGCAAAAACGAAGCCACCUUGUUUCACGCGGACAGAGUCUUCUCGCUAUUGAUGAAGGAUCUCGAUGAGAUGAAUGUUGAGCUAUCUCGAAUCCUCCUUGAGAGUUUGAAAGGGGAGAUCAGAAAAAGACGGACAAUUCACUCUAGCAUUCUGGCUGUAUUGGAGAAUUACGAAUAUGACUUCAGCCUCGAACUCGAAGUUGGACAAGAGCGUCUUUCCGACGAUGAAAUUUUGGACAAUCUGGCGGAUAUUCUCGAUGCGCGGGAAUUUGUCGAGGAUGAGUCAUCCUCCCUCGAGAUGCUCAGCCAAGCUCCGACAGUUAGCUGGGAUUCAAUAUUCAACGAGACAUCAGCUUCCUCUGAUAGCGCCGGGGCGAGCUCAAGCGGUAGAGCUCCAUCUGGUAGAGUUCAGUUGAACCGCGAAUUAGUUCUCAAAUCCGGAGGUGGUCGCGGACCGCUCUUGAACACUUGCUUGGAGAGCUUAAGAGCCAUUCCACCUAAAUCGGUGCAAGCAGAGAGGGACUUUAGUACGGUCCGUCAUCUGCUGGGCGAGAAUCGAGCCAGACUUAAAUCAACGACCCUGAACGAUAUUUUCAUAAUCCGGAAGGCGCUUCAAAACCAAGUCUUGUGA